ACCGGACCGACGCUCCGACGAGCAGUGUACAAUUUACCUUCGAAAAAUACAAUUCAAUGUUUUGUUUAACAAUCUGUGAUAUUAUGUGACUGUAUAUUUUUAUUCCUGUGCCUACAGCUUUUUUAUUACGGAGAUGAAGUUACUGCUUCUACUGCUGGGCUGCAUCAUCUCGACAUCGGCUAAGAAAUGCAACGGUGUACUCUUCGACCAAAGAUAUUACGAGCCAGAAAUACUGAAAGACGGUCUCAAUAAAGUUAGACAACUUGUAUAUAGUAGGAAAGAUAACACCGUCUACUUCCUAUUCAAUCAAGGAGUUUUAGCUUACGAUGGUUCUGUAGGUUAUAUUAAUUUAGAUAACAGAUUAUCCGGUUAUUAUAAAGGUAUUAGAAACGCAACCAGUAUUUCUAUAGAUGAUAAGAAGAAUAGAAUUUAUAUAGGCAGUAUAGAUGGACUGUACGCUAUAGGUGAUAGGAGGAUACCUGAGAAAUUUCCACUAUACGAACCUAUACAGCAUUUGUUUUUUAAAAACGUUUUAUACUUUACAAACAUGAGAAAUAGGAUGUAUAGUUUCGACAGUGAUGGCGUAAAAGUGGUUGAUGAUAUGAGGGAUUAUGUAGCAGAAACGUUUGUUGUCGAUAAUGAUGGGAAUAUGCUGUUUACAAAUGGAAAGAAAUUGUACAAACUAAAAUUAGGUACAAGAUCUUCCGCGUUCGAGAUUAUAACACGGUCGAUAACGGCGUUGUCCAAUGAUUUAGAGGACAGAUUGUUUGCAGCGUCCUUGGAUGGUAUAUUCGUGUACAAUAAAUACAAGUAUGCACUAGACAAAAUGUCAAAUUUACAUGAGAUUAAAGCUUUAACUUUUAAUAAUAUGCUAGAUCCUAUCUAUGUAGUAUUUGAUUUGUUAGUCAAACUUAAGAAUCCUGUGAAUUGUGUUGAGGAUGAUUUCUUUUUGUGA